AUGGCGGAGACUAUUCCGGGGGAUAUCGCAGGAAACAUAUUUUCUCGCUUACCAAUCAAGUUCAUCUUGCAGUGCAAAAGAGUAUGCAAACCUUGGAGAGCGAUCAUCGGUAAGACUGUGGGUCUUGUUUUCACGUUUUAUACUAGGGAUUAUGUAACACAACUCUAUUAUGGAGAUCCCGAAUACGAAACUAAGAUCGAGAAAUACUAUUCUGAGAAGACACUGACACCAAUACCACUAAUCCCUCGUGAUCGGGAGGUUCUUUUGAAACCCAGUGGCAUGGUUGGGUCGUGCAAUGGUUUAGUUUGCUUUAAAGUGGAAAAUCCUAUAUAUUCUGAAGAUGAUUUUGCCUUUAUAUGUACUAAUCCCAUGACUGGAGAGGUUGCUGAUAUCCCUGGAUUGGAGAACCAGGGGCCUAGUUUAGGAACCGAUCCCGUAGGUGGAUUCGGUUAUGUUUGUUCAACCAAUGAGUACAAGGUUGUUCGAAUAUAUUACAAAUACUGGGGGGCAUAUGCUCAGGUAUAUACUCUUGGGAGUCACCUUGGAUGGAGAGACAAAGGAAAUGUCUUUACCGUCUUCUCAACUAAAGAGUCAGGUAUCUUUGCUAAUGAAGCUCUUCACUGGAUUGAUAGGAGAACAUAUGAACUUGGACAGAUUGUAGCUUUCGGUUUGGUCGAUGAGGAAUUCUGGCCCAUCCCUUCCCCUCCUUGUAGCGAUUGGCAGUAUUCCAAUUCCAACUCCAAACUCAUCCUUUUGGGAGGUAAUUUGUGUCUCGUACAUACAAAUCGUCAAUCCAUAAAUAAACGCCUAGAUAUAUGGGCGUUUAAGAGAAGUGUCAUGACUAAUGAUAUCAGUACUAGUUACGGCAAAGUGAAAGGAAAACGGCGAGGGUACUACUACUACGACCAAACAUGGAAUUGGAGUUUAGAGUACAGUAUAGCAUGGGAAGGCCAGGUUCUGUACACACCGUUCAUCAUCACAAAGCAGAACACAGUUCUAUUGUGGAAAAAUGGAACGAGUAAUCUUUGUUGUUAUGAUCCUAAGACGUCAACUUUGCAAAAAUAUUCGGAUGGAGAGGAAGGUGACAAGGGGUACGUUCAAGCAAUUCCUCACAUGAACAGUCUUGUUUCGUUGAAAGAAAUCGGAGAAAUUUCAUAG